GGCGCGUGCUCUGUGUUGUUGUAAACGGUUACCAUGGCAGCGCUGAGCGCUCCUGGGGGAAGCAAGCUAGCGGGCUACAGGCAGGUUAGCCGUGUCCUUCGGUCUGUAUUUUCUAAAAGCCUUCUUCUCCUCAUGACAUCCCAUAUUCAUGAAGGAGCUGUACAGCCUUUUGUUGACAGCCUGAUAGAGAAUGAAGCUGAGAAUGAGUUUCUGCUGUCCAAGCCAACUUGCUUUAUCAUCAUUGGGAAACCGGGUGUUGGCAAGUCUACACUUGCCAGAAAAUUAGCCCAAGCAUGGAGAUGUGUCCUCAUUGAUGACACUGAGUUACUAAGCAGUCAUAUUCAUGAGGAUACAGUACAAGGCAAAGAGCUCUUAGCUAUGCUUGCUGAAGGAAAAAGUAUUCCAGAGGAGAAGGUGGUUGCACUAAUUCUUGAUAAGCUCAAGUCACAAGAAGUUGAAAACUAUGGCUAUGUUCUCUCAUGCCUGCCAUCAAUGUCUGAGGAAUAUCUGAAGAUUCCUGAGCAAAUUAACUUGAUUAAAGGCCUGAAAAUGCCACCAGACAUCAUUAUCAACAUCAAGUGUGCAGACAACGAUCUGAUUAACCGGCUGGCGGGCAUGCGGCAGCACCCACACACAGGCCGUGUUCUUCUGAGGGAGCAGUGGGAGCCUGUGAAAAAGGAGACACCCAAGAAGAAGAGUGAAGCUGAGGAGGAAAAUGAGCAAGAAGAAGAGGAGGAGGAGCAGAUUGAAGAGGAAGGACAAGAGGAGGAGGAACAAGAACUACAGAAAGACAUGAUUAGUCACCUGGUACAGCUAAAGGAAAAUUCUCCAGAAGAGGCCCAUCAAAGGAUUUUGUUUUACAAGGACACCAUACUUAGAUUUUUAGAGGAUUACAUGGAGGAUCAUGAGCCACAGUGUCUGUUUGAGUUAGAUGGGAACAAGGACUCAGAAGAGCUUUUUGUGUCUGUAAUGGCUCGCCUGGAGUGUAUGGCUUUGAGAAGAGCUGCUGUCCCUGUGCGCUUGCUAGAUAAGGAGGAGGCGCCCGAGGAGAUGGACACAGAGGAGCUGUUGCGCAUACUGUCUUCCUGUAAGACAGUAGUACCAGGAUUUCGAUGGCAUAGAAGCCGCUGGUCCAAUACCUGCCCUGUUGCCCUCAAAAUGGGAAAGAUCAUCAAAGGCAAACCUGAGUUUUCUGUUGGCUUCCUGGACAAGAUCUAUGUCUUGUCCUCUCAAGAGGCUCUGCAGAAGUUCAUGGUGAAUCCGAGAAGAUACCUGCUCCCACCAAUGCCACGCCCACCCUGCAGAAUGGCUGUAAUUGGGCCUCCGUGUUCAGGAAAGUCCACUAUGUGCACGCUAUUGGCCAAGCAUUAUGGGGCAGUGCUGAUAGAUUUGGAGAAAUUGAUGAAGCCAAUUUUGGUAAACGUAAGGCAAGAAAUGCUGGAGAAAGCACGUCAGGAUGCUGUUUCUGUGGCACUGGAAAAGGUCAAGCUUCAGAAAACUACACAUAACUCUGGUGGUGUGGAUUCCAUUGUCAGUGAAGGUGGAGAGUCAGAAGAAGAUGACCCUGAACAGGAAGUGACUGAAGAUCAUCCGGAGGUCUGUGCUCUGGUAGAUGAAGCAAUGAAACAGGCAGAGCAGACCUCUGUAGAACCAACGGAGGACAUGUGUGUAGAUGUCUUGCUGAAGAUAAUUACAGAGAUUGAAGCAGAGGAUGAAAAUGCAGAGUUUAAAAGAGGCUGGGUGCUGGACAAUUUCCCCUUCACCAGAACACAGCUAGCAGCCUUGCAGGAGCUGCAGCCUGGGCUCAUGCCUGAUGUGAUGUUCUGUCUGAGAGACAGUGAUGGAGAGGGGCAGACAAUUCUAAAAAGAAUUUACAAGAAGAACAAAGAAGCAGUGGAUGCAGCUGUCCUCGCACGAUUGCAGGAGGAGCAGAUACAGAAAUCAGCAGAGUAUCAAGAUACAAGGCAGCAGUUGUUGGAUUCAGAAGAGGAUGCUCAGCCUACCAAUGCUCUUUCUACACUGGAAGUGGUGCCAGAGGAAUCUGACGGGACUGAGGUGAUGUUACCUACUUCAUGGGAGCAAGGCUAUCCUCCUGGGCCAGAGAUGAGCAAUUAUGAGCUGCAGAUUAGGACAUUCAUGCAAGAAUGGGAGAGCGUGGAGUCCUAUAUCACUUGCAGUUAUGCUGUACUGGAUACCAACCACAGCCCUCAGGACCUUCUUCAGGAAAUGGUUGACCAAAUUGAGCAGCCAUUUAAGUAUGUGGCCUGGGAGAGGACGGCUGUGGACAUUGAUCAAGAGGAGGAGGAUGCACAGUUUCUGUCUGAACUGGAAAAAGAUAUGGCAGAGGAGCAUGAGGCUGAAGAGGCAGAGCAGGAGGACAGAGGCACAAACAGAUGGCUUGGGGACACUAAAGAGUACUGCCCUGUGGUGCUGAAGGAGAAGGGCUCUCUGGUUCCAUGCAUUGAUGAAUUUACUGCGAAGUAUAGGGAAAAAGUCUACUACUUGUCCAGUGCAGAAGCACGGGACAAGUUCCUGCAGACCCCAGCACUUUAUGCACCACCCAAUAAAAUUCUGAAGCCCCCUGCCCUGCGCAUCUUCCAGCUGGGAGUACGUGGCUCAGGAAAGACCACCCACGGUUGCUGGCUCGCUCAGCAGCUCGGCCUUUUUCACAUCCAGUUCAGGGAGCGACUCCAGGAGCUGAUCCUUGCGAAGACACAGAGACGUGUUCCCUACGCUGAUGAUGUAGAACCCCCUGAAGGGCCAUCUGAGGAACUCAAGGCUUUGCUGCAGCAACAAGCACAGGGCAGCUCAGAGCAAUCUGCUGCUGAACCAGAAAAUAAGGUCAAGCUUCAGCUGACGGAUGAAGAAGAAGCCAUAAAGUUAUAUCUGUCUGAUGGAGAGCCUCUGCCACAGGAGAUCCUGGAGAUGGUUCUGCUGCAGCUGUGGACUAAAGAGCCCUACAAAUCCACUGGGUUUAUUCUGGAGGGCUUUCCUCACAGUCCAGAGGAGGUGUCCUUUAUGACAGAGUAUCACUUAUACCCCUCUGCUGUGGUGGUCAUGACAACAGAUGGGAACGAAGUAGUGAGGCGCCUGCUCCCUUCACGACUUGCCAACUGGAGGAAGAGACAGAAGGAAAAGAAAGAGCAGACACAGCUACUCAAAGAGCUUCGAGCCAAAAUCAGGGAGAAGUCCAUCACACAAAGAAGAGCUGAACUGAUGGCUGAGCUUGCACCUGAAACACCCCUAGAACCAAAGCAAGAUUAUGAGGAGCAGGAGCAGCAGUAUUGGGAGCAAGAGCUGGAGGCCACACUGCUGCAAGAGUUUCCCAAUGAAGAAGAGGAGAUUAUGGAAGAAGAAGAGGCAGAGGACAUUGCAGAGGAGCGGUUAGAAAUGGAGAUUAGUGAGAGGUUCGAUAAAGAUGACAGCAACGUCACCAAGAUGGUGGACCUCCUUGCAGAGCUACAGAUUCCUCGUCUGAAUGUCAACGCAGGCCGCAAGCCUCACAUUGUGCGCUACCAACUACUGCAGAAAGUCCAACCUCUAGUGGAGAACAGAGAAGCUCUAUUUGAGAAGUGUCAACCCAUCAACUACAGUGUUGCCCGAAAACUCCUACAAUUCUCCUACAAGUUCUUCAGUGCCUUUGGAUGCUGGGACCCUGUCCAGUACGCACAGGGAGAUCUGAUGCAGCACAUGCAGGGCCCCUUCAAUCCCAGCUUCCCUGCCAUCUUCCACAGCUUUAUUUACUUCUUCACCUCCAGAGAGACCCGCAGCACCUUUAUGCAGAACCCCAUAAAAUACCUCCAGCAGCCCAAACCCAACCCCUCACUACCUAUCAAAAUUGCAAUCAUUGGUCCACCCAAAUCUGGCAAAACCACAAUUGCACGCAUGUUUGCCCGUGAGUAUGGUCUGGCACGCCUCUCGAUUGGCGAGGUGAUGCGGAUGGUGCUCAAUACCCAGAACAAGACGGAGCUGGCCAACCAGAUGCAGAAGCACCUAAGCCAAGGCCUGACUGUGCCUGAUGAACUGGCCAUUCAGUGCAUGGACAUGGCACUGAUGAGCCUGGCCUGCAGCACAAGGGGAUAUGUGCUAGAUGGUUUUCCAAUGACCAAGAGGCAGGCUGAUCUGAUGGAAGCCCACAGCAUUAUUCCUGUUCGAGUGAUUGAGCUGCAGUUGGACACAGUUGAGGUGCUGAGGAGAGGCCUUGCUGACCGGAUAAAAUCCAACAGGCCAUAUCCAAUGCACGACAGCCCACCGAAUCUGAACAUCCGGAGCUCUUGCUUUAAGCAAGAAGUGCAGAUGCUUCGACAGCACUUUCAGCAGCAGUACCAUAAUUGGGUUCCUGUUAAUGGGCAUAAAAGCAAGUGGUGGGUAUGGAAUCAGGUUCUGGAUGAAGCCCGGAUAAGUAUGAGACACAUCAACAACUACUUGAAGAGGAUUCGCAAAGGCCAGGCAGCCAGCAUAGACCGUCUGUGCAUUACUCCACGGGAGCUCCAGUCUCGUCUGGGCGAGUUUGGCCACUAUUGCCCUGUCAGCCUGGCUCUCCAUCACCACCUAGUGGAUUGCUCGCUUAACACUUCCCUGGAACUGGCUGCAGAGUUCAGGGGUAGCUACUACAAAAUGGCCUCCAGGGAGUUUCUUGAGAGGUUUUUGGAAGCUCCGGAGCAGUUUGUGGUUCCAGGGUGCCCUCAUCCAUUGCCUCCUCCUCACCUUCUUCCGUGCAAGCUGAAUGCAGGCCAGGUGAAAAGUCGCUUCCCCCAACAAGUGGAAAUGAAAGGUUAUUGCCCAGUGACCUACUUCGAUGGCCAACAGAGGUAUGAAGCUCUGGUUCGUGGCAGUGUGGACUUUGCUGUGGAAUAUAAGGAAAAGAUUUACAUUUUGGAGACUGAGGAGAAGCAAAGCAAAUUCUUAAGGUCUCCUGAAAGGUACUGGGAUCAGAAGCUUCCUGACAAACUGCCCCCAAUAGGAGAGCCAAUACAUCUGACCACUUUACCAGUGUUAGGCUAUUUAGAACAGGGAGUGGCUAAAGCCAUCAUCAAAGGCAUGACAGAAGUGGGCAACCUUAAGCCAAAGUUCCCGUACAUGAGCAUGAAAAGAUCUGCCCUGCUUUACCUGGCCUUUCAUCUGAAAGCAUAUAACUAUAAGCAGCCAGACUACGUUCGUCAAAAGUACAAGAAGAAACUGUCUCAGUUUGAGGAUGACUGUGAGCUCAUCUCCUAUCUGGGAUCUACUAUGACUCAUAAGUGUCAGCCUGCUCAUGACCAGACCUUAGACUUUGAACAUAAGCUCCACAGAUUCCUGGCCUUGGAGCCCACCAAAAACAGCCACAGCAAUUAAAAUGACCCCACUUUAUACAUUAGAGGCAUCUUAGAGUUUUUACUGUAGUAUUGACAUUAGUAUUCAUUCUCCCUGAAAUAUAAGUUCAGUCUGAAUUCUUGGAAGCAUUAUUAACUAUGUGUGCAGGGUUUUUAUUUGCUAAAAAUAGUGAUUGUGUUACAGUUGAUGGCAUCAAAUGGAAUCACUGUUUUGUUGUGCACUGUGGUUCCUGAAUGAAUAAGGACAUAUAAUGUGAAUAACAGUAAGCACCAAAAGCUAGUUGAUUGCUAACAGUGCUCACCUUGUGAAGAAUCCUCAGGCUCCUAAUCUUAAGGGAGUCUGUUACAAGCCAGAUCCAUGAAUUGCUUUGCUUUUAAAAUGUGAAUGUAAACGGGAAUUCUAAUAUGUAAAAAUGUUUUGUCAUUUUAGUCACUGAAAUAAAAUAUAAAAAAUGAAAAGCUAUUUGGAAUAUUUUAUUGUGUUUUAGAUAAGAGUGGUAUGGAUGUCAGUACAGUACAAAUAUGGAUUUUUAUCUCAAAUAAAGACAUUUAAAACUAUGGCAUGAGGACACUGGGCCUCACUCAGGAAGAGCACUAUGGGUGAGGAGGUGGCUGAGACAACACGAGCCAGAAAAGACUUUGAGAAACGUGACUAGAGCCCCACUGGGCUAGCGCUUUGGUUUUGAGUUCUUUUGGGUGUGGUGGGGGGUAUUUAAUUCAAAUAAAGGUACGUUUUGAGUUUAAUUUA